AUGGCUUCUCUAAUCCCCCUGACCGAAAUUCCAACCAUUUCACUCCUCUACCGCCUCAAGCACCUUGUACCCGCAGCCUCCCCGCGCGUCUCGACUCCUUCCCAAAUCCUCAAUGAUACCAUCUGCCACAUCACCAGUGACAUCACAAAGCUCGAGGUUGACUGCAUCGUGAAUGCGGCCAACAGGUCUCUUCUUGGUGGGGGUGGGGUCGAUGGAGCUAUUCACCGCGCAGCCGGUCCUGGCCUCCUCCGGGAAUGUCGCACCUUGGGAGGCUGCCAGACCGGUGACUGCAAAAUCACCGGCGCGUAUGGCCUUCCCUGUAAGAAGGUCAUCCACACCGUUGGACCUGUCUACUGGACAGAGGUAGAAGUCAACGAGGAUCAGCCGGAAAAGCUGCUGCGAGAUUGCUAUCGACGAAGCCUGGGAAUUGCGGCCGAAAAUGGCAUGAAGACCAUUGCGUUUUCGUCCGUUAGCACAGGUAUUUAUGGAUAUCCGAGCGCAGAAGCUGCAGAUAUAGCGAUCCGGACCGUCAAGGAGUUUUUGGAAGCUUGCCCGCAGGCUCUGGACAGGGUGGUCUUCUGUACCUUUGAGAAAAAAGACGAGAGAGCAUAUCAAUUGUUGAUUCCUCAAUACUUUCCUCCUACCCAGUCCGAUAUCCCGCAGCCCCCAGCCAAGGAGAAGACCCCCACCGCCGAAGAAAACGCUCCUCCAUCGCCGGGCCUCGCAGCGAAAUUACCCGACGCACCAACCUCAGACCCCGUUAAUCCACGGGAACCCGACAUUAAGAAACCAAAACUGGAGCCAGAUCUAGAUCGAGAGGAGGAUAAAAGUGAAGAUGACUGGGAGAAAGUUGAUCAAUGCGAGGGCAUUGCGUCCAUAGAGAAACUCGACGAUGAUCCGGUUGAGGUGGACAAAGCCCCAACUGCAGCUGAUGUUCAGAGUGUGGUCUCUAGUGUUGCAGAUUUGGAGUCAUCGACGGAAAUGAAGCAAAAAUAG